CUGUGGCUUAACCUAUAAUUUAACAUACAUACAUAAAUAUCAAUCAUAUCAUAUUAAUUAAUUUUGUAUCUACGUAUGUAACAAAUUCGAGGGUAUAUGGGAAACUUUCUUACACUGCUCGUUUGCUCCUUUGCUGCUUUCAGAAUUUCGGGCCCUAGCUUACUGAAAAAGAUGUAAAAGUGCUUUAAGGAGAUGUUGACUGAUGCGAUUGUAUCUCUUCGAACUUUUAAUAAAUUCACAUCAAAAACAUAUUCCAGAAAUGUUAGGUUGCUUUGUACCAAGAAAGAGUAUGAUGUAGUUGUUGUUGGAGGAGGACAUGCUGGCACGGAAGCAUGUUCAGCUUCCUCAAGAAUGGGGGCUUACACUUUACUCAUUACACAUAAAAUGGAAACAAUAGGUGAAAUGUCAUGUAAUCCAGCAUUUGGAGGAAUCGGUAAAGGACACCUGAUGAGAGAAGUUGACGCUUUAGAUGGUGUUUGUCCUAGAAUUUGCGAUUUAUCAGGAAUUCAGUACAAAGUAUUAAAUAAACGUAAGGGCCCAGCUGUGUGGGGUUUAAGAGCACAAAUUGACCGUAACUUGUACAAAAAUCAUUUACAAAAGGAUUUAUUAAAUAAUUACUCAAACCUAGAUAUUCUCGUUGCUUCUGUGGAAGAUCUUAUAGUAGAAAAUGUUACAAUUACUGACAAUAACAAGAUUGAAACAAGUUGUGUUGGUGUGAUUUUAGCUGAUGGAACUAAAAUUAAGUCAAAAACUGUUAUCAUAACAACAGGAACAUUUUUAAAAGCUCACAUAAAUAUUGGCUUAAAAGUUAUACCUGCUGGACGAAUGGGUGAUCAGUCUGCUGUAGGCUUGGGAAAUACUUUAGAAUCUCUUGGUUUACAAACUGGGUAUCUUAGAACCGGAACUCCCCCUAGAUUGAAAGCUAAUACAAUUGAUUACAGUGUUUGCGAUGUUCAAAAAGGAGAUAAUCCACCUGUUCCAUUUUCUUUCAUGAAUGAACGUGUCUGGAUAAAGCCAGAAAAUCAGCUGUUAUGCUACAUAACUCAUACAACACCUGUAGUGGAUAGAAUUGUGAAGGAAAACUUACAUCUUAAUAACCAUAUCAAAUCAGAAAGUAACAGUCCGCGUUACUGUCCAAGCAUUGAGGCAAAGGUUCUUAAAUUCAGUGGGAGAAGUCAUCAGAUUUGGUUAGAGCCAGAGGGGUUAAAUUGCAACAUAGUAUAUCCCAAUGGUUUGUCAGUGACUCUACCUGAAGAAUUGCAAGUUGAUUUAAUAAGGGCAAUUCCUGGUUUAGAGAAAGCAGAAAUAUUGCGACCUGGAUAUGGUGUUGAAUAUGAAUACGUUGAUCCUAGAGAAUUAAAAACUAGUCUGGAACUGAAGAGGGUUAAUGGACUAUUCUUAGCUGGCCAAAUUAAUGGGACAACUGGUUAUGAAGAGGCUGCUGCCCAAGGGAUAUUAGCAGGGAUAAAUGCAGCUGCAAAGGUUCUACAUAAAGACCCUCUCGUUAUUAGUCGUAGUGAAGGAUAUAUAGGAGUAUUAGUUGAUGAUCUAACCACUUUAGGAACUGCAGAACCGUACAGAAUGUUUACUAGCAGAGCGGAGUUCAGAUUAUAUCUUCGACCAGACAAUGCUGAUCUUAGACUGACUGAAAAAGGAUAUAAGAUGGGUUGUGUAUCUCAAGAAAGAUAUAGCAAAACAAAAACAAUGGAAAACGCAUUGCAAAAUGGUAUACAAUUGUUAAAAGAUAUAAAUAAAGCUUCUUCUCAAUGGGGAACCCUUCUAAAAAUUCCGGGAUUAACAAAUCACCAACAAAGGAGUGCCUUUGAAAUGUUAGAUUUUAAUAGAGAAGAAAUUACCAUAAGGAAAUUAGCUGCCUGUAUUCCUGAAUUAAAAGUACUAGUUGGAAACGAUUCCUUGGAAAACAGAUUAAAAAUCGAAGCGGCGUACGAGAACGCUAUAAAAAAUCAAGCUGAGCAGGUUGAAGACUUGCAUAGAAAUGAACGUUUGAUAAUUCCAGACAAUAUAGACUACAAUUCUGAUAGCUUAAAUAUAAGUAUGGAAGAAAGGGAAAAACUGUCUUUUAUACAACCUCAGACGAUUGCAGCUGCCAGUAGAAUACCAGGCAUUACUCCUUCGUCAGCGUUUAGACUUUUAAAAUUUGUGAAGAAUACUAAUUCUACUGCAAAAAUUAGUUGUAAAUAAAACUUUAUUCUCGAUAA